UAAUUCCAACAUUUCCUGUCAUGUGUGAAUCUGGUUCUAAUAUUUACUCUUCAAACUGUGAUUUUUGUUUUAUACUGUGGCUUGCUGAAAGCUAAACAAGUUGUAAUGGUAAGAUGUUAGGUAAGAAGUGUUCUGUAGUUUGGUGGGUAGGUAGUCUUUUAAAAUGAGCCUUUGCCCCUGAGGUGUGAAUUUCUCCCAUGCUCAGCUUUUUCCUCCCUCUUAGGUGGGAAAGGAUUGCCAGAUGGGCUGCAAUUGGGUAAUCCCCUUACAAACAUGAAGGCUGGAGCAGACUGGAGUUGGGAAUUUCCUUUACCCUAGAGAAAGCAACCAGUGAGAUGAAUACUGCUGAGGAUUGGGGCCUCAUUUUGGAUAUUUGUGACAAAGUCGGUCAGUCUCGCACUGGACCUAAAGAUUGUCUUCGGUCUAUUAUGAGAAGGGUGAACCAUAAAGAUCCUCAUGUUGCUAUGCAGGCUCUGACUCUUCUAGGAGCAUGUGUAUCAAACUGUGGCAAAAUUUUUCAUUUAGAAGUAUGUUCAAGAGAUUUUGCUAGUGAAGUAAGCAACGUAUUAAACAAGGGUCAUCCUAAAGUCUGUGAAAAAUUAAAGGCUCUUAUGGUUGAAUGGACAGAUGAAUUUAAGAAUGAUCCACAGCUUAGUCUAAUAUCAGCAAUGAUUAAGAACCUUAAGGAGCAAGGAGUUACAUUUCCAGCUAUUGGCUCUCAGGCUGCAGAACAAGCAAAAGCAAGCCCAGCCCUGGUUGCCAAAGACCCUGGUACUGUGGCUAACAAAAAAGAAGAAGAAGAUUUAGCAAAAGCUAUUGAGUUGUCCUUGAAGGAGCAAAGGCAGCAGUCAACCACACUUUCUACUUUGUACCCAAGUACAUCCAGUCUCUUAACUAACCACCAACAUGAAGGCCGAAAAGUUCGUGCUAUAUAUGACUUUGAAGCUGCUGAAGAUAAUGAACUUACUUUUAAAGCCGGAGAAAUUAUUACAGUUCUUGAUGACAGUGAUCCCAACUGGUGGAAAGGUGAAACCCAUCAAGGCAUGGGGUUAUUUCCCUCUAAUUUUGUGACUGCUGAUCUUACUGCUGAACCAGAAAUGAUUAAAACGGAGAAGAAGACGGUACAAUUUAGUGAUGAUGUUCAGGUAGAAACAAUAGAGCCAGAACCGGAACAAGCCUUUAUUGAUGAAGACAAAAUGGACCAGUUGCUACAGAUGUUGCAGAGUACAGAUCCCAGUGAUGACCAACCAGAUCUUCCAGAGUUACUUCAUCUUGAAGCAAUGUGUCACCAGAUGGGACCUCUCAUUGAUGAAAAGCUGGAAGAUAUUGAUAGAAAACAUUCAGAACUCUCAGAACUUAAUGUUAAAGUGAUGGAAGCACUUUCAUUGUAUACCAAGUUAAUGAAUGAAGAUCCAAUGUAUUCCAUGUAUGCAAAAUUACAGAAUCAGCAGUAUUAUAUGCAGUCAUCUGGUGUUUCUGGUUCUCAGGUGUACCCAGGGCCUCCUCAGAGUGGUGCUUACCUGGUUGCAGGGAGCGCACAGAUGAGCCAUCUCAGGAGCUACAGUCUUCCCCCAGAGCAGCUGUCUUCUCUCAGCCAAGGAGCUGUUCCGCCAUCUGUAAACCCAGCCCUUCCCAGUCAGCAGACUCAGGCUUCUUACCCUAACACAAUGGUCAGUUCUGUUCAAGGAAAUACAUACCCCAACCAGGCUUCAGUAUAUAGUCCUCCUCCUGCCGCUGCUGCUGCUACUGCCGAUGUCACUAUAUACCAGAAUGCAGGAACUAAUAUGUCCCAGGUGCCAAACUAUAAUUUAACAUCAUCAUCGUUGCCUCAACCCGGAGGCAGUCAACAGCCACCUCAGCCACAGCAACCAUAUUCUCAGAAGGCUCUGCUAUAGGACUUGGGAUUCCUCUUUGUGGCAAAUACCUGCUAAAAGCCGCUGACAAUGUUAUGAGAUUCUUUAAUAUCUUAAGGUUUGUUUAUCCUCAGCUUAUAGGAAUCUAUCUUGGUCUACAAGUUCCAAUAUUCAAGAAGGUAGAACUCUCUUCAAUUUGCACUGACUUUUUAGAGGUUCUCCCUUCCCCCGCCCCCUAGAGGAAUGAAACUACUUACAACAUUUAAUUCCUUUCAUAAUAUGAAAGAAUUGAUACAAGAUUAUUUGUCUCAUGAAAUUACCUGGUCUGCAAAAAGUCAAACUUAAAAACACUGUUGUGGCAAACGUUAUGUACAUAUACUGCUGUGUGACUUCAUUAGUGGCCAUUUUGAAUCACAAUGGUGAUCAUGUGAAUAUAUUUAACACUGUUAAAUUAAUUUACAUUGCUAUUUUAUUUUAAUCAUGAACAACUACCAUGUUUCAUAAUGUUUUGUGUAAAUUUAAGGUAAUUACACUAUCCCUUUAAACUGCAAGAGAACAAAGCUGUAGCAUAUUUACGUGAAGGCAUUAUGCUGUCCAUGUUCCAGUUUCACAUUAAACUGAACCUUCCUUUGACUACUUGUGAGCUAAACAUACGUAUUUUACGUCUUUCUGUAGCCUCUGUGUACUACUAGCUGUCAUCACACCAGCGUACAGGAGCUAAAUUUUUGGUGCAAUUAUAGCAAAUGAUGAUGUUCCCUUUUACACUUUGACAUUUCGGCAUGACAUUUCAGGAUAUUGUGGGACCACGAGACAAAAUUAAGUAGGAUCACAUUCUUUAUAUCUUAUUUUUAAAGGAAUAAUGUUGGUUUACUUUUUCCUAGUUGAAGAUAGAAAUUAGACUUCUGAGCUGUAUACUGUGUUUCUUGGUGGCAGUGACACCAAAGAUAGAGGCAAUGGAUAGAAAGUUUUAAACUGGAAAGAAAACAUGAAUUACACUACAUUUUCAAAGUCUCUUGUAAUUAUUUAGGAUAUAAACAAAAUUUGACUCAUCUGUCUUUUCCCACUAGUAGUCUUUUAAAUAUGUCUUUAACACAUUGUAUCCUUUAAUUGUUCAUUAAAAUGGAUAUAAGUAGAUGUUUCAAAGUCUUCUAUAUUGCUGGUUUUGCUUCAUAGUUUGUAUAUUUAUUCUUCUCUUUCAGACUGGACUUUUGGGGCUCUUCUCUCGUAAAGUUCUAAUGGGAUUAUUUUGGCUUCCUUUUCAGGAGUAUUUGUGAGCAAAGGCUUUCCUUUUGAUCUGUAUGAAAUACGUUUUCCACCAACAUUUUAAUCUUAAAUAUUUAUCAUUUCCGUAGUUGUGCUAUACUGUUAUUUAACACUGUUUAAACAACUGAAAAAUUGAGUUCAGGAUUAUAUUAAAUGAGUUGACCUAACGUGCUUCAUACCACACGUGAAAAUUUAAUGUGUAUUUUCUAAGAUCGCAGUCAGGUAGCUUGUUCCUUUCCUUUUUGGCAAACGAUCCCAUCUGUGGCAAGUAAUCUCAAUGGUGACUCAUGUUGGAGGUUCACGUUUACAGCAUCAUCUUCACCUCCAAUAUGUCAUCCUAGUGGUUUGUUUUCCUCAGUUUAUUUGUUUGUUUGUUUUAUUUUUUGUGUUUUCCUGCAUGUAGAGGAUGUUGCCCUCAAAUAGUAAUUUUAAAACUUGAAUUCACAUUUUCCAUUAAAAUUUUUAAUAUAUUGCUUCUUGAUAAACAUUAUCAAACAGAUUAUAAUCUUUUUCAUUCCAACUUGAAUAUUCUAACUGAUAGACCUUUUCCCAAGUCACAUUGUAUUUUUCUGUCUUUUGAUGAAUUUCUCUUUACCAAACUGGCACAUGUAUCAUUUUCCCAGUUUAUCUUGAGAUCCUUCAUGCUGUAACAUCAUUUACGUAGUUUCUGGUAUACUUUUUGCCCUGUAAAAGUGAAUGAAUGGUGAAAUGAAAAAAAGCUGCCCUUAUUGCAGUGUAUAUACAUUUUUCUUACUUAUUACAUUACUAGGCUUCAAAGAAUACUUAAAAACUGAUACUAUGUUAGUUUGUGCUUUACGUUUAUUUGGUAUAAAAAUACCAGAUGGAAAAAUUCCAGUGGAGAGGAACCCCAGGAUUUGCCGUCAUUCAGAUGGCAUGGCAAGGAUAGAAAUAGGAAAGGACCAGUUAGGAGCAUAAAUAAAUGAUUUUGUUCUUAAACCAGCGUAUGUAUCAUACUUUCAAAAAGUCUUUUUAAAAUAUGACUGUCUCCCCCUUUUUAAGGAAGAGAAUUAUUUAUAAAAUGAAUUGACUGUAAUGUUGAUUUCUGUGAAGCAAAUUUUACUUCUCAGUUUAUUGCCUUUAUAAAAUUUGAGUGUGUAUGCAUAAACAGUGACAUCUAAAUGGAAAAAUUCAGCCAGUUACUGUCUAGUAUAAGUAACUGACAAACCCCACAGCCAGUUGGAUGUGAUAAUAUAUCAGUGCCACAAACCUGCUAGGACUCAUGUAUAGUGUGUACGUACUGUGAGUUUAUAGUCUUUCCAACUCAAGGAUCGUCCUUCUCUGUUCUUCUCCUACUCAGCAAGGGACCAUAUUAGGGAUGUAAGAGAUCCCCAUCAUUGUGUUCAUAACUUCUGGAACUUUUUUUCUAUACCUUUUAAUUUUUGUAUUUAAAAUGCUUAAUAGGCCACUAACAUUAUUUUUAGUACAGUUUUCAUGUAUAUAUCACAUGUAUAAUUCAUCUCAGGAUACCUUUAGUCCAAAGCUUUAAGUUUAUAUAAGACAAAUUAGUGUCCUAUGUGAUAAACUAUGCAACUAUAAGAACUAUAUAUUAUUUUCUAAAAUGAGGUCCAUUAGUAUUACUGGUCAAAUUUUCAUCUGUUUAAUACUUUAAAAUCACUGUUUUCUUUUUCUCAUCUUUUUCCUUACCAGUUGUACUAGUAAUUAUAGCUUUCUGUUACAUUACUUUUUAAAUAUUUAAUAACAAAACCGUAAAGUUUUCAUUCUUACAUCAUUUUCUUUUCCUUUUUUUUUUAAAAUCAUUUAACUGCCUGUACCCCUUAGAAUAAAAUAUAUAGAAGAAACUUACCUAAAUAUUUUCUGAGGCCUUUAUGUUCAGUUAUCUUUUACUUGAGAAUCAUGUUUCGAUUAAGUAUUCUUGUCAAGUGUCUAGAUUACUUUCUAUACUAUUUAUGAUGACAUCUUCUCCCCCCAGUUUUUAAUCAUAGCUAUCUGACUUUUAUGUAUUCUUUUGUAGUGUGAUCUUCAUUUGAAAUUAUAAAACUUCAGUAAUUUUUUCUGAAGUUUUCCUAGAUUCAACAUUUUGUUUUCUUAUGUUCUAGAGCAUUUUGAAUCUCAGUAUUUAAAAUCUUAGAUUCCCUUGCUGAACAAAAUCUAGCAUUUUAUUUGUGAUAACUUGGGGUCAUUCUGUCCUUUGCUGAUUGUCUGACUCUAGCGUAUCCUAAUACUUCUCACUUACCACGAUUGCCUGUUUGCUGCUGCUUAUAGACUCACAGAAUUUCUGAUGAGGAUUACAUAUUAAAUUAUUGAGUCAGCAUUCUCUCAGAUAAAAGCAAAGGGAUCGCUUUUAAUGAUCUUCUGGUGGUCAGAAACUUAAAAAAAAAAGUAGUUAUGUCUAUUUGAAGGAAGAAUUGUACCCCAAUUUUUUUUAUCUGAUACCUCUAUUUUUAAGUAUAAAGCUUCAGGAUACAUAUGUAUAUAUAUUUACAAAUUGUACAGGUUCUACUGUUGUACCUUAUACAGCACUUUGAAAAAAUAGAUAGAAAGGUGAGGGAAGAAAUAUUAAUAGAAAUUCUACUGGUUUCUUCCUGUAUCUCUGGUUCAUUUUUGUCUGUGUCCUAGGAUGAAGGAAAUUUGCGCCUUUACAAAAAAUAGCCUCCUUUCCCCCUCAUUCAAGCCAAAAUAACGACUUUUUAAGUAGUUUUUAGAAACGUAAUCAGUAAUGAAAGGACUUUAUGUUUCUGGAUGCAUGCAUUUUGGCAUGUUUAUUUUAAAAGACUUCUCAUAACCUUAUAGUCCUAUCUUAAGAUAAUGAAAUCACUGAAGAGAAAGGAAAAUCCUUUCUUCUUGAAAGUUCUAAUUGUUAAUUAUUUUUCUCAAGUUGGUUACCAAAGUGGAAUAAGACCAAAUAAAAUUGAUAACCACAGCCAAGUUAGAAGUAAGUGCAAGUUACAAUAAUGUAACCAUCAGAUUAUUAAAUAGCUUGUUUAUGGCCUUACAUUAUUUUGGUUGGUUCAUGGCUUUUAAAAAACAGAGUAAAUGUAAUCCAUUGUUUUCUGUGGCAGGAUAUAGGAAGUUUUUUAAGUGAAAGAUCAUGACAUACCUUCUUACUUUAAAAAGAGAUAUGGUAUAUAAACAGUUAAGAAGGUUUUCAAUUAAUUAUGUAUAAUAGCUAGCCAGUUUAGAUGCCAGAUAUGAUGAAAGAUCCACGUGAUAGGGUUGUUUUCCUCAGAAUCAGAAGCACGCAAAAAUACCCAUAUACUGUUUUAGUUAGAAUUUGUCCCUCUUCCCUCAGAGAAUGGAAUGUUUAAAUAUAAGUAUCUCUGAUAUUCUGUAAUUUAAAAAUACAGUGAUAACACACUUCAAAUGCGUUGCUGCAAACGACUGAAGAAGUUGGAAUCAAGUGUACAGGUAAAUGCACUUACUUUUUACCAAAGAGGCUUCACUGUCACAAGUCCAUUUCUAUAAAUGGUGGAUGGCACAUGAUAAAACAGUUUGAUUAAUUUGCUUUGUGAAAUGUCUCCGUCUGUGACCACAUGGAUUUCUUGUGAAGAAAGUGGUGGUACUUUUUGAUUGAGAAGAGUAAGGAUAAGAACUAAAUUAGAUUGUAGUUUACUGGAGUUCUUUUCUGCUCUCAAGUGGAAAUUUCAGUUCAUUGCCCUAGGAAAUCAGAGGACUGGAUUUUGACCCGGAUAUAUAUCUUUUGUCAAAAGAAGAUCUUAUUAGAUAGGUGAUCUUGGGCAGUUCCGUGAAUCUCUCUGGGCAGCCUUCUUAUUUAUAAACUGUAGUGUUCGUGUAACUACAGAAGCCUUUGAAGCUUGCAGAAAUUCUGUGCUUUAGAUCCUCUGCCUCUGCCUACCUUAAAUAUCCCUGCCUUUCAGCCUGAAUAACACCUGUGCCAGCACAGUUACCCUGUCAUGGUAGAGAAGGAAACAGGAUGGGAUGGGGUAGCAUACUGUGGUACUGACACUUGGGGACGUGAUUUCUGGCAUUCGUAAUAUACUUCCUGAAGGUAAUUGGGUAUGUUAUUUCUAUUGGCAAAUUCUUGAUGGACCUCACCAGGAACAUCUGCAUUCCAGGUAGAAGUGCUUGUAUUUAAUGGUACUUUCGUUUUCACUGGUGCUGAUUUGGGGGUUGGGGGAUUAGUAAUUACAGCUCUGAAGCCUAUACUGUUUUUGUAUAUUGCUUCAGCCUGAAUGAGAUACGGGUAUCAUCAGACUAAAUAAAGUGUUGCUGUUCUCGACGUCCUCAUAGACACAGUAGUACCAUUGGUCUCAAUGACUGAAAAUGAUGAAGGAGGCCACGUGCUACACUUGCCAUCCUUCAGCUGUUUUGUUUACUUAGUAAGCAGAUUGCUUGAGACGUUAAAGUGCUUGGCUGAGAGCCUGUUUCUAAUAUUCCAAGUAAGAUGCAGAAUCAGCAGUGGCAUUUUUUUGUAUCACAAAUAUUUGGCCUAGAAAAAUGCCAUUAUACAUUGUUUUGUUACAAGUUAUCAUUAUAAAAAACAUUAGCUGUUAAAGGUUUUUUUUUUCCCCAGUCAACCUUCUUCUUGUGUGCCAGUUACAUGUGUCCUUUUAUGUAGUUCUAUAAGACAUUUCUUUCUUUUUUUUUUAAUUUUUUUUAUUUCAGAGUUUAUUUUUGCAAAGGAAUAUAAUAGAAUAAUAUCCCCCAACCAACCCCAUCUUCCUGCUGGGAAAGAUGGCUCUGCCUCCUGACAAAUGGACUUACAUUAAAGUCACAAACAAAAAAGCUAUCUCUGAGGUAUAGGAAUGUGCAGUUCCUGGCCUCCCCCAAAAUCCCCACUGGGACAAUUUUUUUCUGUAGAACAUUUCUAAGAAUAACGUGUUUUAGCUUUCUUGUACUUUAGAAGACUAGAUACCUUGCUAGUAUUAGAAAAGUCUGUUUACUAAAUUAGUUUAUGCUAUUUAAUGGAAUCUGGUAAAGAAGGCCUAAACCAAGUAUUUAAUAAAGUGGAAAAGAAAUAAGCUUUGUAGAGCUCUUUUUUGUAGAAGGGGAAAUAUAGUUUUCCAGUUGAUUAUCACUGAUUGUGUCAGAGGGAAUAGUCACUGCCCUGUGUAGAGCCUUUUUUGCUGUCUCAUGCUAAUGUUUUCAAGAAUAGUCUCAGAAAUGAAUACUUCUUGGGAUUUACCAAAAAAAUGUUCUUUAUCUUACAUCACAGUAGAGGUUAAUUUUGUCUUUGUACAGUUAAUAUAUUUUUCUUCUUUAUAAAAGCUUACUUAGAUUCUGAUUGGUUUUAGUGAAGUGUUUUGAAAUCAAAACAUCAGGACAAUUUCAUUUCAUUCAUGUGGUUGCCAAACAUUGAUUUACAUGGAGGGGGGCAUUUAGGCCAAUGUACUUGAAAUGAGAAGACUCCCAGUGCCUGGAACGGAAAUACCUCAGGCUGCAGGCUAAAUUACUGUGCUUUUGUUUACUCCAUUAAACCAGGAAUAUUUCUUCCCUGCGUGCCUUUCGUGUAUUUGAAAGAUGAUAAUUUCCUUAAGGUUUUUAGCAUGAUAGGAGCAAAAAUGUUUUUAUUUAACUUUCAUCCAGCAUUUGUUUGUAUGUAACUCUUCUGACUGGUAUAUUUGAAUGGCAGAAAAUCCCCCCAGAUUUUUAUUUGCUGAAGAAUACUCACUCAAACAUGGUCCUGUUGAUGCCUUCGGUAGGGAAAAUUUUAAAUUAAGCAGUGUCCAGUGUAUGCUUAGGUUUGUUUUAUGUAUGUUAUAAUUCUGAAUGGUCAGAGAAAUUGUUUUCAAAAAUUAAGCAGAAGAGGGUAAUGAGAAUAAUAGCUAAAUAAGCUGAGUUUAGGUCCUAUGUUUUAGCACUUUUGUCAAAAGUAAACAUUUUGAGAUUAAAAACUUUGAAGUGCUAUUUUCCAUAUUUGACCAAGAGAUAAGCAUCACUAAAUUAAAACUGAGUAGCAUGAUCUAAAUACUAUGUUUAAUAUCUUAAAAGUAACAUCUCUAAAAUUUUUUUCCCACUAAUUCAUGGCUUAUUAAUCAAAUGUUGUUUAUAACUCAUUGUUUUCUAGAUAUUUAUUCCAGGAGCUGUGGUUUGAGAAAUAUAAAUUCUCUACAGAAUGCUUAAAAUCCCCUUAAGAGAAACCUGAACAUGGGCAUUUGUUUCUAAGAGUUGACUCUUGUAUAUUGGACUUUGUUGUAAUUAAUUUGAACUAGGGUUCGUAAUAGCAUAUAGUGGAUUCUGCUGUAAUGCAAAUAUGUUUUCUAAAAAUCAUGUUUGGCAUCAUUGGGCAAUAAAAAAGCCUUAGCAUUUAUGCGAAAAACAGGAUUAGAGGCACAACACUCCAAAAUUUCAGCACUGACACGCUUAAGAAUAAAGAUAGGGAUCUGAUAAAAAAAAAAAACAGCACAGUUUUACAUGUUUAAUGGUUAAUAAAUAUAUAAGUAUUACAAUAUGGCACUUUACUUUGAAAAGGACCUGGAGUGUACCUGUGGAAGUAGGUGUCAGAAGGGUCGUGGCCUGUGGGUUUUGGGAAGGUGGGAGGCAGGGCUGCUGGAAUCUGAGGGCACGAUGUGACCCCAUGUGCUGGGGCGGGGGAGUGAGACUCAGCCCUGGCAGUGACCUGGGGACACAGCUGCUGGUGGCAGGGGUGUAUGUGUCUUCUGUGUAUUCCUGCAUGGCUCCACUCAAGGGGCGUGGUUUUCUCUGUUUCAUUUCAUGUUUCUUCUGGAUGAAAUCCUGCAGGAGCCAACUGAAAUUUGCAUUUUGCUCAUAUUGUUUCUUAGCAUACCAGUCUGCAACAAGUAAGUGUUUUCCAAAUCAUCAUUAUUUCAGAACUGACUCUGAAAGUGAUAUAGAGAUGGAAAAUGAAUGGCUAGUAACCAUUUAUUUCUAACUUCAGAAAUACUCCUUUUAAGCUCUGAAGUGAUUGGUAAGAAUUAUGGACAUCUAGGAUACAAAGCUUUCUUCCUCCUUGGCAGAUCAGAAACUAUCCCAGUUGAAGAUGUGAGCAUGUUUAGAUGCAAAGAAUUAGGUAUUUUGCUUAAUAGAAUCUGUGAGAAAUUGUAUGCCCUACAUACAUAAUCCUGCCCUAUCUCCCCACCCCCUCAAAAGAGGGAAAGAAAAGAAAAUUAAGGAUUUAAUUUUGCAAUAACUGGGCAUAGCCAUUAUAUCGUUUUCACUGAUUUUUGCUUAUUAAGUAUUGAUUUGCUUUUCAUUUAGUUGACUUUUGAGUAUAUACAAGAUUUUCAAGUUUUACUAACUGUUUUUUAAAUUUUUACGUGUCAGCACUAAAUAUGGUAGGUAUUUAAACAUUUACCUUAAAUACUUUAGUACCUUUACAAAUCCACAAAUGUGGAUGCAGGUUAUUUACAAAUUUAUUUUCAUAUCAACAGAUAAACUUAACUAAAAAGUGAGCAAUAAAAAAGCACACUAGUGGUUUCAUUCUGUCAGAACUUAAUUGUUACACAGUAUGUUAUGAGGUCUUUUGACCUUCAUCAUUCCUAAUUGCUCCCCUAAAGCUUAUUUGUAACCUGGUACUAGGACACAUUUGAGGAACAAUGUUGAACCUGGUGAUUAGGGUGCUGGGCUAGGAUCUAAACCCUGUCAAAGCCAUGAUGUAACCAAAGGAUAGCAUUGUGUUAAUGGUGUUUUGAAGUUCUAUACCCCUGAUGCUUCCCCAGGAAAACGUACUCAAGAGUCCAAACUUGGAUGCCAGAAGCGUAUCUCCCAGCUCUGCUGGGUUCAGAGACGUGCAGCUGCCCAUAAACCAUGGCACUUAACCUCAUUUCCACCCUCGGAGUACCCAUUCUGCACCAGUUUGCUCUCAGAUCCUGAGAUCCGGAGAGAAAUCUACUGGUCGUCUUCACCAUUUUCACAGCUUGCAACAUCAGAUCUUGUUUUCGCCCUACCCAAUCCAUUGGAGGACUAAGGACAGUCCCAUGGCUCCUUUCUCUCCCCAGAACAACUUUCUGUGGUUUUCUAAUUGCAGGUGUGAGCACCAGGCCUGAACUGAAACAGAGGCCCCAGGCAGGCUGAUUUGAUGUCUGUUCCCAUAUGAUAAUUCCAAAAUUUGUUUACCUUUAUUUCACAGAAAGGCUACAAGUUAUAUACUCACCCAGGGAAUCCAGAGCCCAGUUCCCAUCAUCGGAGUGGUUUAGCUUCUGUUGUUGGUACUUGGCCCUCCGGGGGGAGGAGAGGAGGAAGGAGGUGGAAAGGGGUGGGCUUUCUCCUCACCCCCAGCACCAGUCUUCCCCUAUAAUACCCUCUCUUGUGGGUUUCAAAAGUUAAUGCAAUAUUUUCAUUUCCUUGAUGACUCCAGCAAUUUGAGGGCAUUUUCUAUCUUAAUUCACCUCUAGGGAGCACCGAGGUAAAGUAGUUCCCAUUUUUGCCCUUUCUUGCUUUUCAUUCAUACUUGGGGAAGAUAGCAGAUGUAUGAGAGAAUGAAGUAAAAUGAUCAGAAGAACAUACACAUUUUCUUCUUGACAUUUAAGAGUUGGGGGAAGAGAGUAAAGAAAAAGAGGCAAUCUUCCCUGCUUCCUUCUCAGACUGUCCUUUAGUGAGACAAAAGGUGGGCAUGGGGUGGGGUUGAAAGGAAAGGCUUGGAGGGGAGAUUCUUGGACCCCAAGAAAAGCCUUUUUUCCCUGGUCAGUCCAGAACAUGGUCAGUUCUGAAGAACUACAGUGAUGGAGCUCCCGAAAACUUAGAAAGUAAAGGAAAUAAGAUUACCCUUUGUGUUCAAACAGGACAAUUGAUACAGAACGAAGCACAAUGGAAGAAUAGGCACCUUAAAGCAGAGGUUAAAAACUGACGGCUCAGCCAGAUCCUGCCAGUAUGUUUUAUUUGGCCUGCAUGGAGUUAGUUUCUUUAAAAAUGGAUGUUAUAUUAAGACUAGGUGAUUUCCCAUGUAAAAGAUUCUUGGCUCCUUGGGGGAAAAAAAUGAUCUAACCCCAUGAGGCCUAUAUUAUCCCACGGCUGGCCAUUCAAUCUCUGGUUUGCCACUGAGCCCUCCAUUUCUUAAAACUUGUGCCCUUUUAAUUGUCAAAGAGAACCAGAGCCAGGUAUUUAGUUAAUAGGACACAGAUUUUAAUCAGAAACUUGCAGUCUAGGAAAAGUGACCUCAGUUUAAAACUGGGCUCAAUUCAGAAUACAAUAAGGACAACUAGGGAGUUAUAGCUGAGGAGUAGGGGUAGGGGAGACCCAUAGAUGGAAAAUUUCUGGGAAAUGACAUCAAGGAUACGGGGGAUUCUUGCUGAGGGCAGGUCCUUGUGAUCAGAUCUCAAGGAGGAAGAGGUAGAUUCUCUGAACUGACUUAGCAGAAUUCUUGCUAAAAUGGGGCUAUUGAAGCCUGGCAAGGACAGGGACCACGUCAAGACCUAGUCAAGAAGAGGGCUUAGAGGAACCUGACUGAAGUUUGAUCAAACAGCAUCUUGUUGCCACAGAACUCAUUUUUGCCUGACACCUGGGGUUACUUGAGGCUCUCGUUGUUGCUUUCAAGAGAGAAUGGAUCCAAGGAUGGAUUGUCCAGGGAGACUCUUGAGCACUUGUAAUGGGCUAAUGCAAUUGAGGAACUGAAUUUUAAAUCCUGAUUCUAAUCAAUUUAAAUUUAAAACCUGAAGCAGUGUAAAAAUAUUUUUCCCACAUAACAUAACUUUAUCAUUUCAGUAGGACUAUAUUUCACUAUAACCAUUGGGUCACAUUAAAGUGGUGUUGUAGUGCUUGUAUCCUUAAAAACACUUUUGAAUGCAGGUAUUAGAAAGCUUAAAUUAAAUAUGGGGCUCACUGUCUACUGGACAGUGCUGAUCUGAGCCUUCUAAGACCUGACCAUGUAAUUCUGAAGAAUAUGUCUGAUGUGAUGAGGCAAAUCCACUCUAGAGUGGAUUCCCUCAUGAUCGUUUCCUGAUGAUGAUCAUGCUUUUAUUUAAUCCCUUCCCUUUAAGAGUGGGUGGGACCUAUAACUUUCUAAUAACUAGCAGACUAUGGAAAGGUGAGGGGAUGUUCCUUCUGCAAUUAUGUUAUGUUACAUGAGACUCCAUGUUGCUUCCUCUCGAGUCUCCAGAUGAGAACCGAGCUCUGGCCAGCAUCUCAUGUGCAGCCUUGAUGAGGAGCCCACUUAGCCAUGCCCAGGAUCCUGACCCACAGAAACUGUGAGAUCAUAAAUGUAUGUUAUCUUAAGCCACUAAAUGUGUGGUAAUUUGUUGUUCAGUAAUGAAACAUGUAACCUGGGCAAAGGGGUGGGGGUGGACAGUGUAGAACUAUAGUCUAGCAAAAGGGGAUCUACGGGGUAGAGUGAAUCUUAGCUAGUGUACUUUGAGUGUCCUCACUCUUUAGAUAAGCAGUUCUCAGGUGGUAAUACAUAAGGCUUUUGGUUCAGGUGACUUCCUGACUUCCUGACUUCCCUGGUUUUUAUUUCAUGCUCAGGAAACCUUGUUCAUUAUUAUGCGCCCCCUGUGUAGGUCCACUUCAGAGAGAAGAAGUUCAGUUCCAUCUGACUUGCGAAGGUGAAUUUGGAUGCCUUGUGGGAUUUGUUUAAUUGGCUGGAUCCAGGCCACUGGGGCAUGGUUGAAAUUGACCUGAUCCUGCUGCUUGGAGGCCUGUGGCUGUAGUUUUAGUGGAUUGCUGUGUGAGACAAAUUAAACAGUUGAUCCCAGCCUCUGUCAGAUUGAUCAGUGAUCAGUGGAAUGAAUGGUGCAUUCAUGAAAAUUUCUCCAAGACUAAGAUGGUGUAGAAACGAAGGGUAGAAAUUGUGGAGAGAUGCUUUUCCAAAGUUCUUUGGUGUUUCUGCACAUCGUGAAAGCAGAGGCACUGGCUGUGCCCUUUCUAGACCAUCUUUCCAAGGAUGUUUGUGCAGUGAACAGCUUUGCUAAAGAUAGAGGGGAUAUCCCCCUUUGGAGCAAAAAGCAGUAUUGCUUAAAGCCUUGGAAGAUAGACUUAGUGUCUCCCUUUGGAGCAAGGGACACUAGUAGUAUAAAAAAUUGGGGUUCCCUAAACUCUCUCCCUCUUUUGUUCUGCAACUUUCUGCAUGUGCUGUUAUUACCUGACCUGCUUCUCUUCUUGUGUUCAGGGAACUGGCCCAAGAAAAUGCCAACAUUCUGCCUCUUGCUAGUGUUUUAAAUGAUGCAGUCCUUUGUCUUAGACCCAUGGAUCUUGUGUCUUCUUUCAG